GCUAAGAUGGCGACUCCCAUGCAUCGACUCAUAGCCCGGAGACAAGCUGAAGCAAAUAAGCAACAUGUAAGAUGUCAGAAAUGCUUGGAAUUUGGACAUUGGACUUACGAAUGCACAGGAAAAAGGAAGUACCUACAUAGGCCUUCAAGAACAGCAGAACUAAAGAAAGCUUUAAAAGAAAAAGAAAACAGAUUAUUAUUACAACAAAAGUCUAAGAGUGUAACCAGCUCCAGUAGCAAUAGCAGUGACAGUUCAGCCAGUGAUUCUUCAUCAGAGAGUGAAGAAACAUCUACCUCAUCCUCCUCUGAGGACAGUGAUACUGAUGAAAGCUCCUCCGGUUCAUCAUCUUCAGCCUCCUCCACAAGCUCUUCUUCAUCCUCUGAUUCAGACUCAGAUUCCAGCUCUUCCGGUAGUAGCAGCACCAGCAUGGAUAGCAGCUCCGAAGAUGAACCACCAAAAAAGAAGCAAAAGAAAUAGAGUCACUCUACCUAUAUUGGACUGAUGGACCAUAAACUUUAAUCUGAUUCUCAAAAGGGAAUUUAGAAUAUGUUAAAGCCAAA